AUGGGGACAACUAUCCCAGAUUCUUUACAUAUUGGACUACUGAUGCAUAUCAAGCAACGGGAUGCUACAAUUUACUAUAUAUGCUCAGGAUUUGUCCAAACUAACAGUAAAAUUGCAAUUGGAGCUGCCAUCUCUCCAACUUCUGCUUAUGCUGGUGGUCAAUUUGAUAUCAGCUUAUUGGUCUGGAAGGAUCCAAAGCAUGGAAAUUGGUGGCUAGAAUUUGGAAAUGGGAUAUUAGUAGGUUAUUGGCCAUCAUUUUUGUUCACUCACUUAAGGGAUCAUGCAAGUAUGGUCCAAUUUGGUGGAGAAACUGUAAAUUCAAGGGCUUCAGGAUUCCACACUUCUACUCAAAUGGGCAGUGGUCAUUUUGCCAGAGAAGGCUUUGGAAAAGCUUCAUAUUUCAGAAAUUUACAAGUUGUUGAUUGGGAUAAUAAUUUAAUCCCCUUAUCUAAUUUAAGGGUAUUGGCUGAUCAUCCUAAUUGCUAUGAUAUUCAAGGAGGAAUUAAUCGAGUUUGGGUGCCUCCUUAG